AAAUUAGUCGAGGGGAAAAGAUUGUGGGUGUUUGUGAGUUUAUUUGCAUGGAAUCUUCCUCUAAUUCUGGAGAUAGACCUUGUCGAGCCUCUGCUGGUGCAAGUGAUGGUGCAAUGGCGAGAACAGUUGUGAGGGAUGUUGGGCUGGUUGAGUACAACUAUGAAGGUCCUCAAAUGUACUAUGAGUGUGGCUUCAAGGCACCAAGGUGGACUUCAUGGAGACCAUGGAGCAUUGGGAGAUGAUUUUAUGGUUGCCGGCACUUCUUGAAUGAGCCUCUGUUGGUGUUGAGCUCAAAAAAUUAAUGGUUUAUACUGUAUUUGGUGUCUUUGUUCUAAUGGUUGUGUAUUUGAUGUUUUGGGUGUUGUUCUAAGUGGGUAGGUGGUGUUUCAAGCGUAAAUGUAUGGCCCUUGUUUUGGUGUUUUGUGGUCAUAUGUGAUGACCAAAAUUUUGGAAGCUUUAAGAACAUGCCUAUAAACCAUUGUAAUGUAAUUGAAUAUGUUAUGUAUCAAUGGAAAAAAGGCUUUUCUACAUUUGUAAAGCUAUUUGUAAAUCAAGACAUAAAUAAUAAAUACCUAGGUUUUUG